AGUGAGACCCGAUUCGUCCUUGACAUUACAUUUUAACAGGAAGUGCGGAGAAAAAUCACAACAAAUUCCAAUAAAAUAGAUUAUCCUAUCCGUCAUUAUGUCGGAAACUUACGAUUUUCUAUUCAAAUUCCUUGUGAUAGGCAGUGCUGGUACAGGAAAAUCUUGCAUUCUACACCAGUUCAUAGAAAACAAAUUUAAACAAGAUUCAAAUCACACUAUAGGAGUGGAGUUUGGCAGUAAGGUUGUUAAUGUAGGUGGUAAAUCAGUUAAAUUACAGAUCUGGGACACAGCCGGUCAGGAAAGAUUCCGAUCAGUUACCCGCAGUUAUUAUAGAGGUGCAGCAGGUGCCUUGCUUGUAUAUGAUAUCACAAGUCGCGAAACUUACAAUGCCUUAACAAACUGGUUGACAGAUGCACGGACUCUGGCUAGUCCAAAUAUUGUCAUUAUUUUGGUAGGGAACAAAAAAGAUCUGGAGGCAGAGAGGGAAGUUACAUUCUUAGAAGCUAGCAGAUUUGCACAAGAAAAUGAGUUAAUGUUUUUGGAAACAAGUGCUUUAACUGGUGAAAAUGUGGAGGAAACCUUUCUCAAAUGUGCAAGACAGAUUCUCACAAAAAUAGAGUCUGGGGAGCUUGACCCAGAGAGAAUGGGGUCAGGUAUACAAUAUGGCGACACAUCAGUACGACGGCAACAACGGCAACCUCCGCCAUCAAAGAGACCAGACUGUUCUUGCUAGCUUAUAUCAUGUCUGUGAGGAUGGAUGAUUGUGAAAAUAUAAAUGAGAUUUAGACCCAGAGAGGAUGGGAUCUGGCAUACAGUACGGGGAUAAUUCAUUACGCCGCAUGCGCGGAAAUCAAGACAAGAAAAGUCCAAACUGCAGUUGCUAGCACGAUGCCCCUUAUCUCCACUUUGUUUAUACAUAUACUCAAUAUAUGUUUUCUGCCCCCCAUGACUUAAAACAGUCAUUGUUUGGUUGUUAAGUUUUCGAUUUAUUUGUAUACACUUUGUUUUCAGCAUUGGUUUUUUGUCAUGAUCUGUUUUUCUCCAUACACUAAUAAUGUCUACACUUUAUGUGGAUAUGAACUUGUACAAACUGAUGAAGUUAAGUUGGGUAACACAACAAAAGUUUACAUUGAAACUAUUUCUUCUUUAUCACAUUCCUGUGCUGCUUUUGCGACUCCGUAAAAAUGAUAUUGCACGGCCGUGCAUAUAUUUUGACGUGACGUCAUUUGCGCUAUAUAAACAUAGCGUUAAGAUGCGCUAAAUGUUAGCGUUUUACUAAUUAGGCACGUCAAUGAAAAAUGUUUCUUUAUCACUUCAAACGGUCUUUAUUUUUGGUAUGUGAUAAAUAGAAUGUUGAAUUUGUGUGAGAUAGUAACUAAAUUUAUUGAACUCGUUGAAUAAAAUAAUAUUAUGCUCACAUAAUAUAAUUUUAUUCAACUUGUUCAAUAAAUUCAGUAUUAAACUUACACUCAUUCAAUAUCGUCUAUUUUUUGUUUAAAUUUACAUUAUAAGAUAGGAUAUUAUGCAUUUAAUGUUAUAUAUAAUUGUAUAUAAUACAUUUACUUUCAACAUGCUGUGCAGUUCAUCAAAAGAUAUAUAAUCCCAAAAAUGCACAGUAUUUCACUGACAUAUAU